UGCUGGGCAGGACCAGGUGACCUUGCCAACGUCCCAGGACUAGAGUCCCCCAUACAGAUAUAGAGCACAGCAUCUGCAUCAGGAGCCAUGAUGAACGCUUCAGGGGCCCGGAUUUCUGCUCUGUUAAUCAGACGACAGAUGGGGAGUGGUGCCCAUAAAGAAGGGUCAGGAUCUGCCCGUACAUGGAAGAUCUUGAGUUUUGUGGUGGCCAUACCAUCGGUGGGCAUCUGUAUGCUUAAUGCUUGGCUCCAAAAGCAAAACCACUCACCUGACCCUCCAGAGUUUGUCGCUUAUUCCCAUCUUCGCAUCCGAACCAAGCCUUUUCCAUGGGGUGAUGGUAACCAUUCGUUUUUCCAUAACACUCACGCCAACGCACUGCCCACUGGGUAUGAGGAUGGAGGGCGAGGACACUAACAGCAAAGCAAUUCAAUAAAACAUAUUGGAGUGUCUUCUGCCUCAUUUAUUUACAGAGAAUAAAAUGACUUUAAUAACACAAA